AUGGGGCUUGCUCGCGCGCAUCGUCCAGCUUCGACGCCCACUCGAUCUCAGAGCUCGCACUCGCACUCGCACUCGCACUCGCAUCGACCAGCUUUCAUCUCGACGCUCUUCCGCCCGGCUGUCCAUUGCAACGCAUCUCCAACUUCUUCUCCGCACGCACCCGCUCGUCGCAUCAUGGGUCAAGCACCUAGUGGCGGCGCGCCCGGCCGCGGCGGCAAGGACAACAAGAAGGACCAGCAGAAGAAGUGGGAACCUCCCCUUCCAACACGCGUCGGCAAGAAGAAGAAGCGCGGACCCGACUCGUCGUCCAAGCUGCCCGCCGUCUACCCGAACACACGCUGCCGAUUGAAGCUGCUCAAGCUCGAGCGCAUCAAGGACCACCUGCUGCUCGAGGAGGAGUUUGUGCAGAACCAGGAGCGUCUCAAGCCGCAGGAGGACAAGGAUGCAGAGGAGCGCACACGCGUCGACGACCUCAGAGGCAGCCCCAUGGCCGUCGGCACGCUCGAGGAGAUCAUCGACGACGAACACGCCAUCGUCAGCAGCGCCACCGGCCCCGAGUACUACGUCAGCAUCAUGAGCUUCGUCGACAAGGACCUGCUCGAGCCCGGCUGCAGCGUCCUCCUCCACCACAAGGCCAUGGCCAUCGUCGGUGUGCUCUCGGACGACGCCGAUCCCAUGGUGAGCGUCAUGAAGCUCGACAAGGCGCCCUCGGAGAGCUACGCCGACAUCGGCGGCCUCGAGACGCAGAUCCAGGAGAUCAAGGAGUCGGUCGAGCUGCCGCUCACACAUCCCGAACUCUACGAAGAGAUGGGCAUCAAGCCGCCCAAGGGUGUCAUCCUCUACGGCGUGCCCGGCACGGGCAAGACGCUGCUCGCCAAGGCGGUCGCCAACCAGACCUCGGCCACCUUCCUCCGCGUCGUCGGAUCCGAACUCAUCCAAAAGUACCUCGGCGACGGUCCCAAGCUCGUGCGCGAGCUCUUCCGCGUGGCGGACGAGCACGCGCCCAGCAUCGUCUUCAUCGACGAGAUCGAUGCGGUGGGCACCAAGCGAUACGACUCGAACUCGGGCGGCGAGCGCGAGAUUCAGCGCACGCUGCUCGAGCUGCUCAACCAGCUCGACGGCUUCGACACACGCCACGACGUCAAGGUCAUCAUGGCCACCAACCGCAUCGAGUCGCUCGACCCGGCGCUCAUCCGUCCCGGCCGCAUCGACCGCAAGAUCGAGUUCCCGCUGCCGGACCAAAAGACAAAGAUGCACAUCUUUAAGCUGCACACCUCGCGCAUGAACCUCGACGCCGACGUCGACCUCGAGGAGUUUGUCGCCAUGAAGGACGACCUCUCGGGUGCAGACAUCAAGUCGCUCGUCACCGAGGCCGGUCUGCUCGCGCUGCGCGAGAGGCGCAUGCGCGUCACCAAGAAGGACUUUACCACCGCACGCGAGCGCGUCAUCGACCGAAAGAACGAGGGCACCCCAGAAGGCCUCUACCUGUGA